UGCUGUGGCGUUCCCUCCCUCCGCACCCGUCCCUCCGUCCGUGCUGCCGCUGGAGUUAGCUAGGAACUGGAGGAAGGUUUGUCUAUCGUGACAGCCCGUUCUCCUAAACUUUUCCAAGUAUAGGUCGUGCCUGAAAGACGGAGAGAGUGUGUUAUCUGUCUUUUCGAUGCAUGGGAGUGCCCUGGGAGCGGUGAAGGGAGAAGACAGUGCUGGUGGUACUGACUGUUCAGCAGGAUGAGUGAGGCGGAGAGCCAGUUCUACAGUGUUCAGGUGGGAGACUCCACCUUCACUGUACUCAAGCGCUACCAGCAGCUCCGCGCCAUCGGCUCCGGGGCCCAGGGCAUCGUCUGCUCGGCUCUAGAUACAGACCUUGGUAUACCGGUGGCAGUGAAAAAGCUGUGUCGGCCCUUCCAGAACCAGACCCAUGCUAAGCGUGCCUACAGGGAACUGGUGCUGCUCAAAUGUGUCAACCACAAAAAUAUCAUCCGUCUGAUCAAUGUGUUCACGCCUCAGAAGUCAUUGGAGGAAUUCCAGGACCUGUAUCUGGUGAUGGAGUUGAUGGAUGCCAGCCUAUGCCAGGUGAUCCACAUGGACCUGGAUCAUGAGAGGAUGUCCUAUCUGCUCUACCAGAUCCUCUGUGGCAUCAGGCACCUGCACUCUGCUGGCAUCAUCCACAGGGACCUGAAGCCCAGUAACAUUGUAGUGAAGUCAGAUUGCACUCUAAAGAUCUUGGACUUCGGCCUGGCUAGGACAGCCUGUACUAACUUCAUGAUGACCCCCUACGUGGUGACCAGAUACUACCGUGCCCCAGAGGUCAUAUUGGGCAUGAAGUAUAAGGAGAAUGUGGACAUCUGGUCAGUGGGGUGUAUCAUGGGAGAGAUGGUAAAGGGCAGCGUCAUCUUCCAGGGCACCGACCACAUUGACCAAUGGAAUAAGGUAAUUGAGGUUCUGGGCACGCCCAGUCUGGAGUUUAUGAACCGACUGAUGGAGACCGUGAGGAACUAUGUGAUGAACAAGCCGCAGUAUCCUGGCGUCAGCUUUGCCGAGCUUUUCCCGGACUGGGCCUUUCCUUCUGACUCAGAACAUGACAAACUGAAGACGGGUCAAGCUCGGGACCUGCUGUCCAAAAUGCUGGUCAUUGAUCCUGAAAGCCGCAUAUCCGUAGAAGAAGCCCUCAAUCACCCGUACAUUCACGUGUGGUACGACCCUGGAGAGGCAGAUGCGGUGAGGGGACUGUUCCAGUGGUGGUACACUUUAUUAAUGCAGCGGCUGUGCAGGACCUUGCUGAUAUAUGUAUUUCUCUUUGUUUCACAGCCUCCCCCCCAGAUUUCAGAUAAGCAGCUGGAAGAGAGAGAGCACUCCAUCGAGCAAUGGAAAGAACUCAUUUAUGAAGAGGUGAUUGACUGGGAAGAGAGGAACAAGAAUGGAUUGAUGAAAGAAGAUUGCUCAGAUGUGGUGUCAGGUUCAGCUUCGCAGUCCUCAUCAGCCAACGACAUCUCGUCCAUGUCCACGGAGCAAACCUUGGCCUCGGACACAGACAGCAGCAGCAUCGACACACUGACGGGACCGUUGGACGAGAGUCAGUGAACACAGUCCAUGGCUACAUGUCUCUGCCUGCCUGCCUCAGCUCGCAUUUACAAUAUCCAAAUAUCAAUCAUCCAUCGCCUUCCUUUCUUCUCUUUACUCACUCACCCCCCAUUUUCUGAAUCUUUUGUCCUUUUUUUGUCCUGUGUUUCUCUUCUUUCCUCUUUUACCUCAAUGAGGUCUAUUUUUUCUAGUUUCUUUCUGUGUGUGAUAUGGUGGAUCUUGUUGAUCAUCAUUAACUUCAGAGUUUGUUUUGCCUAGAGGUCAAAGCUAUCUGUUCUUUCUGUUGGGUCAAAGGUUUAUCUCUCUCUUUUUUGUGGAUAUUGUUUAACAAGUAUAUAUGAUGUAUGCAUCCAUAUUGAUUUUCAGGUUACCAGGAGUAGGUGGGGGAUUAUUGUUUGUUCUGUAUGCCUGUAUUUUAAUAGUUUUAUUUUUUUAGCGAAUAUUACGUUGAGACCAGAUGUUAUUGUCAUCAAAUUAGAGCAGACUCGCGCUAAACAUAGAUCACAGCUGCCAGCUGCUCUUAUGCAUGUUACGCCAGUACGAACAAAAGCUUAUCAUAAGUCAAUCGCACCAACCAUCUGAUCUCCAUCUGAUGAUCAAACACUCAUCCAAAGUUUGAUCGAUCCUUUAGCUAGCUCGCAGUAUUGCAGAUCUCCACAGUGGUGCUUUCUGCACAGUGUUUUUUAAUUAAUUGGCUUGAGUGAUGUGGAUUUUGAGCUUUUCCUCCUGACAGCUAGGGGAAGCCGUGGUUGCAGUGUUAUCGUUUUAUAUCCUGAUAUAAUGUACUGUAUGUAAAAAUGUCAUGAUCUGACACUCAUAGUGGCUGUAGACCCUUUCACUGCUAAUAUAUAAGGUGUGCUUGUUUUGUUAAGAAACUCAACAUAUCUGUAGAACCACAUAUUGCAGUCACCCACAUUUGACAUAAGGUACUGACUAACAAUGUGUAUAUCAAAAGAAUAGAGGCAAAAAGAUACAUGUAGUAUUUAUUUUUGUGUUCUUGCAAAAUGUUGCACGCAAUCACAUUGAGGCCCACGUAAGUGAAGCCUCUGGUCAAAGCAUUUCACCGACAAAGCAAUGCAUUGGCUGCUCCUUUUCUAAACCAUUCCAUUAGUACUGGAACAGUAACAAAUUUAAUCAUGAAUCAGACAUCAUGUAAAGGCAGUAAAACACAAAUAACAGUGUUUAACUUGCAUGAAGGCAUUAUAGAUGCCAAUAAGAUACCGUAGUUCAUGUUAUAAACAGAAAUCUGUUCAGGUCAGUUCUUUUACUUACAGUACCUUGAAGUUCUUGGUUCUGAAAGCCUGUUUGAUGCAGAUGUUGUUGUUUUUGUUUUUUUGCCUUGUAAGCCUAUGUGUGUGUGUGUGUGUGUGUUAUCAAAAAUGUACUGUUCAGCUUCUCUCCUUCAUUAUCUCCUUUGAAUCGUCCUUAAAGACAGCAGUCGCCUGUUUGCAAAGUCAAAGUCAUUGGAGGAAGUUGGCCCCUCAACAAAAAGCAGACAUGUUGUGGUUUAAAAUGAGUAUGUGACUGUGAAGUCCUGAAUGAAAGUCUGGACCUUGGAACUCAAGAUGGAAACUUAAAGAUGGACUGUGGAGCUGCUUUUUGCAGAACUGGUUGCACAGUGUGAUGGACAUGCAGAAAUAUGACACUAUGGAGUCACUGAGGACUUGAAGAACCAUGCUGUACACUAUAUUUUCCUUUUAUAGACCAUGACCUUAUUCUUUCAGUCAUGCCUUAAAUGACCAGUGGAGUGGCCAAUUCACUCCCAAAAAUCUUAUCAGAUAAGGACUGAGCAUUACAGUGCUCAGAACAUCUUGUGUGUUUACCAUUUUCUUAAAAAAAAAAAAAACCUUCAUUGUAUACACUGUACAGCUCACAUUUUUGUUCAUUUUGUUUCUCUUUUUAUUUUCAGAGAUGUCCUGUGUGAUUGCAAUGACCACAAUAUAAUCACUUGGCCAACAUCUUUUGCCCUUACGUAACUAAUAAAGUGGACAUCAGUGAUUCA